AUGGACAAGAUCACAACCAGCAUGACAUCAACCACCGUCAACACCCCGCCGCAAAUCGAAGAACCAAAGAAACCAAGACACACCUGCCAAGUCUGGGCCAACUAUGUCCAAGCCUUCGUCCGCGGCGAGGAGUGGACGGCAAAGCUGACCUUGCGGUGCAAGCACUGUCCUCUCGAGCUAGAGUGUGCUGAAGGAGAGCAUGAUUGUGUGACUAAGAUGGACGACCACGCUCAAGAAUGUAAGGCGCGCCAACAGAUGAGCAAGAAAGCAGUACAGCAGUCAACACUCGACUUGUUGAAGGCGGACAGCGAAGCGGCUGCAGCGUCGACUCGGGACGAAGAAGCGGAUGCGGGAGUGCUGUCGACUGAGAAGAGGGAGAAGAUAAAUGGACCGUCGUGGCGUUGA